GUAUUAUCCAAAUGUUUGUCAUCUGCGGGAUAAACGACGCGUAUAUACAAUGGAAUUAGCAACUGCAUUGAUGAGUAAACAAUCUGUGAACACUCCGUUUCAUAACUCUGAGGCCAUACCAUUUCCAUCACCGCUUUUUGUUUUCUCUGAAAAGGUGUCUGCACCACAGAUNACAAAAGUGAUCGCAUGCAAACAGCUGUCAAAUAUAACACCAAUACAGUUACUUUUAUUUGGAAGUCGAAAGGUUGAAGCACACGGCGAUGAACUCGUUAAGCUUGAUGAUAUGAUUCCAUUGAGAAUGAAUGUGAAGGAUGCAUCGCGUAUCGUCGCAUUGCGUCCGUGUAUUGAAGCAUUCAUUGUCCGAAGUUGUUUACAUCCAGAAUUAGUUGGAGAGCCCUCCGAAUUGGAUAAAACAUUGAUCGAUAUCCUCAAACAGUUAUCAUCGCCUAACCUCUGUCCCUUGAAUGCUGACAAAUCUCAAAAAGCACCAUCCCUUCAACAGUCUAAUUUCAAUCCACUAGAUCAGUUCGACUCGAAUGUUCCGGUACCUUAUGAUCAUCGCAGUCAAUCAUUGGAAAUGGAAAGCCGCAAGCGUCCAUCUAGUGAAUUUUUCAAGGGAGCUCGUAAAAGUGCUAGAGGAACGUACAGUAACGCCUCUUCAUGGUCUUCAUUGCGUAGUAGUAGUAAUUCAACGUUUCUUGGCAGUGGCACGGGAGCAGGCGUUCGUCCAUACCGAUCGCCGAGAGGAGGCAUUGGUCUGUACGGAGCUUCGAGAGGAGAGGAGGCGUUGAUCCAUACGGAUCUUCCAGAGGAGGCAUUGAUUCAUAUGGAUCUCCGAGAGGAGGCAUCGGUCCAUACGGAUUUUCCAGAAGAGGCGUUGAUCCAUACGCACCUCCUAGACGAGGCAUUGAUUCAUACGAAGCUCCUAGACGAGGCAUUGAUUCAUACGGAUCUCCGAGAGGAGCACGAAAUUAUGACCACCGAAAUCGGCUUUCGC